AUGUAUAUCCUGUCGAAGUUUCAGGGUCCCGUGCUUGCUUGUAUGACCUUUUAUGUUCAGAGACACCAAGAUGGACUCUUCAAAUGGAUUUGCAGACAUCUUCUUCUUCUGAUCUUUAAGCCUUGGUAUAUUCAUCUGCAUAAAGUGUUCUGGUGUACACAGAAGCCUUGGAGUCCAUAUAUCAAAGUUAAGCUCGAUGAGUGGACAGAUGAUCAAGUUGAUAUGCUCAUAGGGUACGGUGGAAACACUGCAGUGAACCAGAGAUAUGAAGCUUGCAACCUAGACCAGUUAAAGAAACCUAAACCAGAUUCUAAUAAUGAGGAGCGAAGUGAUUUUAUCAGGAAGAAAUAUGAGCUACACCAGUUUAUGGAUCCAAAAGAUAGUGCUAUGUGCCCUAAUCAGCAGCCUAGCAGAAUAAACAAUCCACCACCUACGUUGUGUUCUUCUACCCACCGUUCUGCAAAAAAUCGUAUUGGGCAUGCUCUGAGGAAUAGCUGGGGAAGAAGAGAAUCUGAUCACAAAUGCACAAAGAAGAGCAAUUCUCUGGCAGGGAUGGUUGAGUUUGUCGGAUUGAUUAAGGUUAAUGUGGUCAAAGGAACAAACCUUGCGGUUCGAGAUGUGAUGACCAGUGACCCUUAUGUAAUCCUUUCUCUUGGCCAACAAUCGGUAAAAACACGGGUGAUAAAAAACAACUUGAAUCCCGUGUGGAAUGAGACGCUGAUGCUUUCGAUACCCGAGCAGGUGCCUCCUCUGAAAGUGCUAGUGUACGAUAAGGAUACGUUCACAACAGAUGAUUUCAUGGGAGAGGCAGAGAUAGACAUAGAACCAUUGGUGAGUGCAGCAAUAGAGUACGAGACAUCGACCAUAAAAGAAGCGAGGCGGGUGGGGAGUUGGCUGGGGUGCAAAGAGGAUCCAUCGGUGAGUGAUGGAAUAGUCUCACAUGAAGAAGUGAAAGUGAAACAAGAUAUAUCUCUAAGGCUUCAAAAAGUGGAGAGAGGUGUUCUUGAGAUCCAGAUUGAAUGUCUUCCUCUCACUCAAUGAUAAAACUUUCA